UAAGAACUGGCUCGUAAUCGACUAAGGUCCUAACAGCAGCACGUUUUGUCUUUUCUAAGAUUUGUUUAACAUCUUGAGACCGGAUGCUGUAAUUAUUAUUAAUUUAUUUAUUAUCUUAUUAGUAGAAAAAAAUGGUCACAAUCAGUAAAAAACCAUUUUUCUCUAUGACUUGUUUUCGAAAUCUUAAUAAAAAAUUUUUACAAGAAUGAAUCAUCGUUCAUGAUUGACAAAUUAAAGUGAUGCUCAAUACCUUUCAAUUUUCUCAAUAAAGAAGAAAGUAAAGUAAAACGCUGUUAAAAAAUUUAUUUAGUACAGUAUUAGAGAAUAUAGUGUGACAAGUAUAUUGGUUGAAGAAGAGAUCAACGAAAUAAGUGUACAAAAAGUAUAUGAUUUUCUUUGUGUAGUUUAUCGUAUUAGUUUAUUUAUUUUCUUUAAAAGAAGUGUUAAUCUAAAAAGGUUCCGCAAAAUUUUUUUAUAAGCUAGAGCUUACACUCUUUAAAAUAACUAUUAUCAAUAAAAAUUCCACUUAAUUCUACUCUUUGUAGCAGAGUAUGAAGUUACAAAAGGAAUAUAAGAAAUUUAGUAUAUAGACUUUUAUUAUCUUGCGUUAUAAGUUUUGAAAUUAAAUAAAACAGUAACUUUCACAAUGUGUGAAAAUGUACAUUCUUGGCGUGGAGGUGAUUUGGAAAUUUGGCAUCGUAGAAGUCACCAGUUAUCCAGCUAGCGUUGCAGAAAAUCACCGACUAGAGCGCUUGCUGUCUUACUCUUAUAGCGAAAAAGCGUGGCAAGACUUGACCAUUCAGCUUAUUCUAUCGUUUGAUCUGUGACAAAACAAGCAAAUGCGCCCCAUGAUUGCAGAGUACGAUUCGAAGAAGCAUGGCGUAAGGACUGGAUUAUCUGACAUGGUUUUAAUUAACUACAAAUGUGAAAAGAAUAAUCUACCUCUUACACUUUUAAAUGGAUCAACACUACCAUUAGUAGAAAGACAAAGUGAUGAAGAAUGUGAUUUAUACAACCCAUUUGAAAAUAGACGGUUAACUCAUCCAACAAGCGAUGUAGAUACUCUUAUUCAUCUGCUAAAAGGCAGUUUAGGGACGGGAAUUCUUGCUAUGCCAGCGGCAUUUAAAAGUGCUGGUCUUUUUUUUGGAUUAUUUGCCACUUUUUUCAUUGGUGCAAUUUGUACUUAUUGUGUGCAUAUAUUAGUUAAAUGUGCACACAUUCUUUGUAAAAGAACGCAAACACCAAGUUUAGGAUUUGCUGAGGUGGCAGAGGCUGCUUUUCUUGCUGGCCCAGAACCAGCGCAAAAAUAUGCUAGAUUAGCAAAAGCCACAAUAAACACAUUUUUAGUGUUAGACCUUAUUGGAUGUUGCUGUGUUUACGUUGUCUUCGUUUCAACAAACAUUAAGCAGGUAGCUGAUAAUUAUAUGGAAUAUCAUUGGGAUGUCAGAAUUUAUAUGGCUAUUCUGUUACCACUUCUGAUUGCUUUCUCUUUGGUUAGAAAUCUGAAGUAUCUAGCACCGUUUUCUAUGAUAGCCAAUUUUUUAAUUGCUGCUGGACUAAGCAUAACAUUCUACUACAUUUUUACUGACCUGCCUUCACUAAAGGAGGUGAAAAAGUUCUCCAGUGUAUCUCAAUUGCCACUCUUUUUUGGAAUCGCUAUUUUUGCCUUAGAAGGAAUUGGAGUUGUUAUGCCCUUAGAAAAUAAUAUGAAAACUCCAGCACACUUUAUUGGAUGUCCAGGAGUACUUAACAUAGGAAUGUUUUUCGUGGUAACAUUAUACAGUUUUGUUGGAUUUUUUGGAUAUUUAAAGUAUCAAGAGAAAACAAACGGCUCUAUCACCUUAAACUUAGAUCAAGAAGACAUUCUGGCUCAAGCAGUGAAAAUUAUGAUAGCAGCUGCAAUAUUUUUUACGUAUGGUCUUCAAUUUUAUGUACCAAUGGAGAUUAUUUGGAAAAAUAUCAGACAUCUUUUCAGUGGAGAAAAAAUGAUUGCUGAGUAUGUAAUUCGAAUUAUUUUAGUCACUUUUACCGUUAGCAUGGCCAUUGCAAUCCCAAAUCUUGGACCAUUUAUUUCCUUAGUUGGAGCACUAUGCUUAUCUACAUUAGGGCUUAUGUUUCCUUCAAUCAUCGAGCUUGUUACCGUGUGGGAACAAGAACGUGGACUUGGAUACCUUUAUUGGAGACUUUGGAAGAAUAUUUUUAUAAUAGCAUUUGGAAUACUAGGUUUAUUUACUGGUACCUAUACUAGUCUAUGUGAAAUAACUUCAAAUAGCAACUAGAAUUGUCAAAGUAGGUUGUAAUUUUUUGAAAAUUAAAAUUUUUAACCGUUUAAAUAAAUUUUUUUUUUUGUUAUGCUUACUGAUGUAUAUGAUCUUAUAUGCAUUAAUGCGUGGUAAUAUGAACAUGUAAGUGUACAUAUUUAUAUACAUAGAAGAAAUAAAGAAGAAGAAUUGUAUUAUAA